AUGUGGGAAUGUAUAGGAUAAUUAACUACAGACUUGAUAAAGCACUAUAAAAUACAGGCCACCAUUGUUUUGACAACACUAUGCUAACUCAAUUAUAGGAAGAACUACUAACUUGAUAGUCGAUGACACUCAAGAAAGACGGUAAGCUACAAAUGAUCAUUAAUAAAGAAAAAUCUGGUUGUUUAUGAAUAUUAAUUGAAAGUUGGGUGGAAGGAAAAAGUGUGGCAGAAAAGGAACACUAGUAAAAGGGGAACUUGGGAGCCCUUUCUGUGAUUUUGAAGCAAGAGCCCAUCUGAGAUAUUCACAAAUCAAACUUGUAUUCACCACACCGAAAUGUGUGUAGCACAUCUGACUGCAACUUCUUCAUUCACUGUGCUAAACACACUUGUGAACUGGGAUAAUGAGGAAAAAAAAGAUAUGUUUUGCUUUUUUUGUUUUUUUAGAUUAAAUAAAAUGUUGCAUCUGGAAAUUCAGAGACGAUUUGAGUCAUGUUCAAUGCUGCUGUUAGUCCACUGCGUGUUGUGGCACUUUCUGCUUAUGGUGUCUAAACUAAUAACUACAGUUUCAACGUGUUUGAUUGGACAGCAAAAUGGGCUCAGAGAAUCUACGGAGUUCUGUGAAGUCCAAGGGGACAUGCCAAAUCUAACAAUACAUAUGAGCUGAAAAUUCCUAUUAAAUCAACCUGGGUUUCCUCAAUACCUCAACAGCCUCCUUCAUAUGAACUAUAUCACUCUGGAAAAAAUAAAGAAAUACAUAUUUUUGUCCAAUGAGUUGUUCUUCUUGAAUCAAAGCAGAUCGCUGAUUUGGUGUCCUGCAUACUUUCAGACUCCAGUGGGAGGAGCCAAACGGCGCUGUUAGGUUUUAAAUCCACACGUGGUCUCCGUCUCAGGGCUUGUUUAGCAGCAACGACGCACUGCUGAAAACUUCGGACGAAACUCAUGCCAGCGCACUGCACACGCCCGCUGCAGCAGGGGUAAACUGGACCACACAGAGGCGAGAAUGCCAUCUCACCCUCUCAACCAGUUUUCCGAACUGGAAGACAUAAUGAGCAAGAUGUUCUCCACCUCCUCUGAAGGAGAGAAAUCCAUAGACGGCAUUUUCUCAGUCUUGACCUUGGAGAGCAGAACAGACUGCCCCCCUCUGUGAACCUGGCCAUGACUUCUCCGGGUUACGCCAGCGAUCUGUGCAGAAGUUCCUCGUUCUCUCUGUCCAGCCUCCCCGCUGACUCGUCAGACGGCCUGUUUCUGGCCUCCAGCCAAUGGGGGCAGCCGUCGGAAAGCCCGUCGCCCUCCCAGCUUGCUGCUAACUCCAACCAGUGGGGAAAGUUUGGUUUUCUCUCCCAACGCUCUGUCAGCCUGGUGGAGACGAGGAGCAUGCCGGCGGCAAGCCUAGACUGGCCCAGCACUGAACUGAAGACGUCCCAAAGCGACAUGAGCCCCACCGCCUUGCAAGCCGCCGCCGCCUCUUCGUCAUCCAGCUCCUCCUCGCGCUACAAAACCGAACUUUGCAGAUCUUUCACAGAGAACGGCCUGUGCAAGUACGGCGGGAAGUGCCAGUUCGCCCACGGCCCGGAAGAGCUACGCGAUCUAAACAGACAUCCAAAGUACAAGACGGAGCCUUGUCGCACCUUCCACACCAUCGGCUUCUGCCCUUACGGGAUCCGCUGUCACUUUAUCCACAACAGCGAGGAGGAGAAGAAACCCACCUUUUCCCGCUCGUCCUCGUCGUUCUCCUCCACCCUUAGCGUUUCUCACCAGCCAGCAGGCUCCUCCUCUUCCUUGUCCUUGCGCUCUCACCGGCCGCCUCUGGUCAGGCAGAGUUUUAGCUUCGCCGGCUUUCCUUCCGCUCCUCAGCAUGUCCUCCAGUCGGUCCUGACCGGCCACACGCCUCCCCCUGCCGCCGCCACCACCGCCUCGUUUACAUGCGGCUCAUCGGGCUCCCCUGCUUCCUGUGCCGACAUCACCGACCUCCUCUCCAGCGCCUUCCUGGAGAUGGACUCUGCCUUCGAAGUGUCCGGUGUCCAGCAGUGCCAGCCCUCGGCGGGCCAUGUUGCCCAAACCGACCUGCGCUCCACCUUCCUGCCUUCCCCCGACUCAGGCUACUCCCCCAGUGGACUGUCGCCCACCAGCUCACCCUCCCUCCGACAGAGCCCCAGCAGCACCGACCAUCACCUGGGGUCGCUUGGCGCCCGCUCUCUGUCUUAUACCUCCCUGUCAGAUCAGGAUCAGGACGGCGGCAGCUCCACCAGCUCCCUCAGCAGCUCUGAGUCAUGCGGGGGGAGCAACGACAGCAACGGGAAGCGCUUGGCGGUGUUCAGCCAGCUCUCUGUCCCAUAGGAUUGCUGCUGGCUUCUGGCUAAUAGCAGCAGAGGUCUUUGAAAUGAAAUGUUCUCACCUUUAACCUCAGUAUAUUUUCGCCUGACUGACACAUAAGACGUUCUUUACAAACUGUGGCAUUAAAGGAGAUGAGGACUUGAUGGCAGACUCAAAACACUUUAUAGAGAUUUCCCUGUGUAGAUUUAUGUGGCUAAAUUAUUACCCCAACAUGCACAAGCCACACUGAUGCGUAAACUAAAGCAUACAUAUCACCGCAGUAGUUUUACAUCAACAAAUGGGCUUUUAUUCUUUACCUAAAUAGUUUAUAUGUGCCAUGAAGACAAACAGCCAAACAAAAAAA